AACAGCUGGGUUGUCAGCAAACGAUGACAGGCUCCGGUGGAACCGGCGAACACGAGGGCGGCAAGAAGAAACACACCAGGCCGACGUUCAGCGGCCAGCAAAUCUUCGCUCUUGAGAAAACGUUCGAGCAGACGAAAUACCUAGCUGGACCAGAACGUGCUAAAUUGGCCUACGCCCUGGGCAUGUCCGAAUCGCAAGUCAAGGUAUGGUUCCAGAACAGGAGGACAAAAUGGCGGAAAAAGCACGCGGCUGAAAUGGCGACGGCGAAGAGGAGGCAAGAAGAGGUCGAGGGCGUCGUCGCCGAGGGUGAGGAUGGUUGCAGCGACGCGGAGGCUGAGGGAAACAGCGAGACUGCAGCGAAGAGGCUGAGAAGGGAACUCGAGCAACAAUACAGGCAUUAAAACACGCGAAUAAAGAAACGAAAUAAAAGAACGAAUCGAAGGACUAGAUUCACUAGGUAGAUUCGUAAGAGGAUGUGAAAGAGUACGUGGCAAAGAGAAUUUUAGAAAAGGAACAUCAAGACACACCGAUCGUUAAACAUUCCCCUUUUCUUUAUUUCUCAUUUUUUCAACGUUCUUCACAUUGUCAAAAGAAGCUUUAAGGGAAGUUGACUUCACGAAAGACGAAGAUUUUCAACCGGUUCAAUAAUAAUUCUAGCGUUAAAAUGUUCUACCAAUUGACCUAAAAUAAUUCAAAGAGUAAGUUGCUCCAAAAGAAUUAUGGUUUUAUUUCAGUUUAAAUUUGUUAGAAAAUUGCUAUAAUAAGAGACGUCCACGUGGUUGUUCUAUGGAAAGGGAAAAAAGAAAAUGCCUCGAAGCGUUCGUUUCAAUGUGUUAAAUAGAAGAGAAGAAAAUUUGUUAAAAUGUCGAUAUGAACGUGACGCCACCAAGACUGACGAGUUGAAGAAAAAUGACUAUCCAUACGAUGAUCGAAGAACUUGUCAAUUUAUGUGAAAAAGAAGAUAUUCGAAGGCUGACUUCAUCUAACUUAUAAUAUUGUGCCGUUAAAACGUGUUAACUUGUACAGAAGCGUUCGAGGAGGAUGUAUACGACUUUCUAUAUAGAUAUGAAUUUAUUAUAUAAUUGAUGUUAUCAAUUAAUGUAAUUAUUAUUAAAGAACCAAAGAUCGACGCGUAUUAGUUAGAAAGAAUAAUUCGACUAAUUAAUUUUUAUACAAAAGGGAAGAAUUGACGUAAAUAGUUGAAAAAUAAAUUCAACUGAAUGCCUGGUAGUUGUAUUCGAGUAAGAAGGAUCGAUACGUCGAAUUUUCGCAAGAUAAUGAGUUUUAGUGGCACAAUUGGCGAGAUUGCUAUUUUCACAAGUCCAUUUAUCUAAAUGUUUUAAGUUAACGAACCGCUGAGAAAUAUAAACGCAUUCCUCUUUCUUUCCGACAAAUCUCACCGACGAGUUUUUAACGUUUAUAGAGCUCUAUCGUCGUUUGUAUAUAUUUGUAUCAAGAUAAAAUUAUGCUAUAACGAAAGGAUCGUGCCGUCUGGACGUACGUUGCAAGAAAUACACGCAAAAUUAUUAUAUUAUAACUGAAUGACAGUAAUUUAUACGUAUGCGAUUAUUUGCAGGAUCUUCAGAUUAGAAUAAAUAUUUUAUGGAUAUCGAGGGGUAAAUUUCUUUUAUGGCAAUCGGCAAGGAAUUUUUAAGGCAAGAAAAAGAAGAAGUCUCUUUGUGGUGAGGCACAAUCAUGUUAUCGACAAAUCAAACUUUGUAUGUUUAUCGUGUAGAUCGAAAAUAAACACGGUUGUUGUUAUAUAGUUUAAUUAGUCGAGAAUUAGUAAUAGAUCUCGGCGGCUGAAUCUAGUCAUGUCUAUGUUAAAAUUGUCAUUUCUACGAUAACGAUUAAGUUACAACGAUUGUAGGAAAUUUUAGUCAGGGUAAUAGCGAAAUCGCGAUUUUCGAAAACAAUAAUGGACAGUUUGAAAAUUGGAGAAUUUGAAAAAUCUACACAUACGUAUUGGAACUCGAGAAUUUCCAAAAGUUUCGAAUUUCAAGAAGUUCAGUGUUUGUAAAUGUAGAAACUGAACAGUUGAAAGAUUUAAGAAUUGAAGAAAUUCUACGAAUUUAAGAUACACGUUUAAGGAUAUAAAAGUUGGACAUUUUAGGGAUUACAAAUUUGGGAAUUUGAACGUUUAGAAAUUUCAAGUCAAAAGAUUUCAGAUAUCUGGCUAUAAGAAUCUGUAUAUUUAUAAAUACGUACUUUACAAAAUUAUAAAUCUUGUAUCAUGCUAAAAGCAAUUUAAGCCACUUUUUCUGAAUCUUGCCUUAAAAUUAGAGCGUUUCCAGCUAAAGAGAAAUUAUGGUUCCACUACGUCGAUCAAUCCUGCAAGUAAUUAACUAUAAUAAUAAAAGAAACGCCGGUAAGCUCGUAUUCAGUUAAACAGCACGUGUAUAGUAAAUGUAUGCUGAGUAUCAGACAAGCCAUUAACACCACCACUAUGAGUAUAAAUAUAUAAAUAUUCAAAUAAAUUAAACGCGAAUGUGAAACGAACGAGAAUAAAGAUUCAAAGGAAAUGAAAUAUGCGUAAGAGGUAAAUGAAUCGAACGAUUCCCCUUAAGAAUUCUCUAUUUACGUCCCAGUGAACUAUGCCAAUGAACGAAUAAGCGAAUUCAAAUGAAUUUUGUAUAUUCUGUAGAUACGAUAAACGUGAAUGUGAUAUUUAACGUAUUUAAUAAGAAUCUGACGUAUAGAUAUACAUAUGGGACGACUUUCGGGCGCAUAGCUGAUAUUUUUAAACGUAUUUGAGUCAUUUUAUAAAUUAGCGAAAUUCCAUUAAUAGUAGAAAUCAUAUAACAACUAUCUUCUAUCUUCUUUUUCUCGUUUGUUACAAGUGGAAAAAAUAGAAACCAUACGAUUGCCAGAUCGCGUAGAAACUCCUCUGCUUCUAAAGAACAGACAAAAAUUAGUAAAAUUCGUUAAAAUAAAAAGAAACGUUCGACGUUACAACUAAAAAUGUGUAGAUUUGAGAUUUCCAAAGUUUCGAAAUCUGUAGAUUCGAAAAUGCACAGGUUUCCUGAUCUGAAUAUUUUCGAGUUUGCAAAUUUCAGAAUUUGAAAAUCCAGCAGUUUGAAUCCAAUCGGAUUAAGAAUUCUCUUAAGGAUUCCAUAAUUUGGUAUUACAAAAACUGUAGGCAUCCUGAUCGCCCGUUAUAUCCGCACUCGAAAUGAUCAAACUACUGAAAAAAAUUCAUGCGAUCGCCCGAAACUCGUCCAACGAGUAAAUAGGUGUUCCCCAAUUAAACUCGAAGGAGGAAAAAAAGCGAAAAAAAAAUAGGAUCGUAGACGUACACGUAUACAUAAUGUGUAAUCGCAGGAAGCGUGCGACUAAAGGCAAAGUAUUGGUUACCAACGAAGAACCGGAAGUCACGCUAAGACCUUCCUGAUACCCGAAUUAACGCGUAUUCUGAAUACUCUCGGUGUAUCCGAUAUUCGUACGAUGAGAAUCGAUUUUUAAUUGUAAAGUCGUGGCUGGUCAACGAGUUUCGAAAUGGAAUAAUAAGAAAUGUAACGAUGGAAAAAAGAGUCGAGUGUACUAACGUACCAGUUACUCGAGCGUUCAACGUGUUAUUGUACAGUAUUUAGAUAAAUUGCUAAGCGCGAACGAGGUAGAGACAAUCUGUAUAAAGUAUUGUAUAAAUUAUACAUACGUGUUAUCUAUCGCUUGUGUAUUAUAUCUCCAAUUUAAUAAAUGGAACACGUAUUA